UGAAGAAGGGUCCAAAGUUUUUAACCUAUGAUCAACUUAAAGCUUUGUUUUCUUUAAAUAUUAUUCCAUCACGGUAUUUUGUCCAGCGUCUAAUGUUAGUAUUUGGACAGGUAGAUUGUGAUCUUAUCAACAUGAAGAUAAGAAAUGAAAUAUCAGAUUAUGAUAUGUCUCUAGUAAAAAAAACUAAAAGUUCUUGGGCUGAAGAUGUGGAUUUUAAUGUUCUUAAUUGCAUAUUAACGAAAGCUCAUGAGCUUUAUGUAUGGGAAAGCAUGGGGUAUGGAGAUAUAGUUACAGAUACAAAUGAUCUUGUACUCCAGGGUCAAUUUCUUCUAUGCUACCCACCUGGUUCAACAUUUAAUUAUAGUAUAGAUAUUAUUCUAGAUAAGUUUAAUUAUCUGUACAAACUCGGAUAUAGACUUAAUAUACCUUUAUUUAGUGAAAUAAUAUUACUAUUUAUGAGAUCUAUUGAUUCGAUUGGAAAUGAUAUACUCCAAAUAUGUUCUAAGCUAAUGAAUCGUACUGCAAAAGAUGUAUUAUUAGAUUUUUUAAGAUUAAGCAUGUUUUCAGAACGAGAUUUUAUAUUGGCACAGAAUUUCUAUAUAAGUAAAUAUAUAUAUGUUAAGGAAGCAUUUAUGAACAGUUUAGUACAAGAUCUCCACUUCCUUUUUCAGAAACUAGAAAGUAUACUAAGGAGCACAUACGAAAAGAGAGAUAUUAAUAUCCAAUUAAAAGAGAUAUUACCAUUUAAGAAGAACUUUCUAAAGUGGGUAUUGACAACAUAUAAUACCACAUCAAACAUUGUUAAUGAAUACUUUAAUUUUAUUCUACAUCUACGAGUUAUCAUUAAUAUAUUCGAGGGAUCAUUUGCAAAUGGAAUGCCUCUUGGAUUUUCCAUGCAGGAUAUCGAAAUGAUCAAAGAAUUAUUUCAAUAUUUU